UCAUGGAACCGAAAGUGUUCGUCUGCAUUAUUAUGUUCUUCUUCGGAGUGAGUGACUCCGCACUAGGUGGCCUUCCAGGGAAAUGUGCAGUAACAAGAGCAACGUGCAAAAAGCGAAGUUUUCUGACAAGAUACUACUUCAACGCGACAAAGGAACGCUGUUAUUCUUUCUUCGCUUGUCCUGGCGAAGGAGACAAGUUCUACCCAAGGAUGAUGGAGUGUGUCAGAGACUGCAGACCAAAACAAAAACCAAAUAAGUGCUUCGAUAAAAAGGCAGCAAGAUGCAGAGGAGAUACGUCUAAAGAGACAGCCUGGACGUACGAUCUGAAACGGACGAAAUGUGUAAAAGUUGAUGACGCUUGUGUCGAUACCAAGAACAAGUUUGUAUCACAGGACCAAUGUGCAGCAGAAUGCUUUGGCUUUGACGAGAAAGGCCUGAUGGCACAGUACAAAAACAAGAAACCAUAGAGAUAGAAAAGCCCGCUAACAGCGAUGUAUGAAGAAGGAUACCGUGUGCUC